AUGUCUUCGGACAACCCGACGAUAAGCUCCACUGAGCUUCUGGCUGGAGUACUCGCCGCUCUUCAGACCAUGCAGCGGAGUCAGCUCGCCAUGCACGAAACUCAGCUCGAAACAUCGAGGCAGAUCAGCGAGCUCGUCAGCGUGCAGAAGCGAUCCGACGAGCGCAUCGCCAACUUCGUCGAGGCCCUCGCCAAGUCCCACAACAUGAUGCCUCCCCGAUCACCCGGCAUUCACGGCCUCUCCCCUCUUACCGCGGGCAAGCGCCUCACGGAUACAUUUGAACUUCUGGAACACAUUCUGAUGCUCUUGGAUCCACGUGACAUCAUGCUGCACAGCCAGCGUGUCAACAGGAUCUUUCGAGCGACCGUCACCAAUUCUGCCGUCCUUCAACGCAGGCUCUUCCUCAGAGCGGAUUAUAGUAGCAGUGGCUUCCAGCUUAAUCCCUUCAUACGCAUGCCGAAUCUGUCCCAUCGAUUGCCGGUGUACUAUACGUACGACUCGAACUCGUUGACUUACAUCCCAAAUCAGCGAGCUUGCCAACUCUUCCUCACUAAGUCCCGCUUGACAGAAGAUAAAGGCAGUCGUCACUUGGACUUGUCACUCGCUUCGCAGGCUAAUUCGGUUGUCACAAAGUUCACCAUGCUGAAAGGAGGCUCGUGGAAGAGAAUGUAUCUAACGCAGCCACCUUGUUUGAUCAAGGUCUGUGUGUACUACGACAACAUUCCCGGAAAGCCAGGUCGAUCGAGAGGGGUUGGUGGGAGAAUGAUACUGAAGGAGUGCACGUUUGACGGACUGCUCGAAGCACUGGCUGAGGUGCCACUUACGCCUUUGCUAUGA